GUAGUCACUUCUUUAUCUUCGGUUAUCAGCAGUCUCUGUUUUCUCUAUAAAUAAACAAACCUCUGCACCUUUUAUCCCCCUCUUUCUCUUCAUAUCUACUUCAGCAAACCCAACCUUAAAAAAAAGUAGUUGAAUGUUGAAGAUUAGGUGUUGAACAUAAUGUGUGGUGGCGCUAUUAUCUCCGACCUUAUCGCCGCCAAGCGCGGCCGUAAUCUUACCACUCACGAUCUCUGGUCCGAGCUCGAUGCCGACCUUCUUACCUCUUUUCCUCCUAAAUCCAACUCAUCGUGCUCUUCUCAACCAGCUCUUACCCCUCAACAAGGUUCGCCGUAUGCCGAUGGGGUGAACGCUCAUCAAGAGGAUGUCAACCGAGAGGAGCGAGUUGCAAACCCGAGUCAAAUUCGGCGAACUCGGAAGAAUGUAUACCGAGGUAUAAGGCGGCGUCCGUGGGGAAAAUGGGCGGCCGAGAUCCGAGACCCACGGAAAGGCGUUCGGGUCUGGCUCGGCACCUUCAACUCCCCUGAAGAUGCUGCCCGUGCCUAUGAUGUCGCGGCGAAGAAGAUUCGCGGCGACAAGGCCAAGCUCAACUUCCCAGACACCCCACCACCACCACCGUCUCCAUCGCUGACGGCACCGUUGGAGAUCUUCCUACCUGCUGCAAAGAGGCAGUGCAGGUCGGAUUUCACCGAGUCGUCAACCCUUAGCAUUGAGUCGGCUCAGCUGAGUAGCGAGUCGACCCAGAUGCCAGUGAUGAGUAUGGGAUUCUACGGAGAUGGGGUGGACCAUCUUACUUCAGAAGAGGGUUUUGUGAAUAGGGUGAAUCAUAAUGAGCUGAGUCAGCAAAUAUUAGACCUUGAAUCUUUACUUGGUUUGGACCACGGGGCUGAACUCGCUGAGUCGGACUCAACGAGUUUGCCCUGGGUCAUGGACGAGUUUCCUAUGAUAAAUGGUUAUGAUCAAUUUAACUAUAAGUUUGUUUUUUAAUUUAGAUGCUACUUUACUUUUAUUAAUGUGACGUAUAGACGGGUUAAUGUAAUGUUUAAGACCUUUUACUUUGAUACUUUCUACAUGGUACAUAAAGUUAGUACAGUAUCUUGUGAUA